AUGAGUGCAGAUUCCUUGCAAAAAGAGAUCCAGGAUAUAAAAGGGGAUAUUCAAUCGCUACAUCUGGAAAUUGACGUUCUUGAUAAGGAAUAUUUGGCUUUACUAGCACAAGUUAAAGAUCUUGAGGAGUCAUCGAGACAAACUGAUAAACCCUAUAAUCCACAAGAAACACACGGCUUCUCAAAGGCCAAUUAUGAUAUAGAUGAACCACGAGUAAUGAAAAAUAAUUGUUUUGAUGAGUCAAUUCGAAAAUAUUUUACGAAUGUAUUGGAUGCUGUGGAAGAAGAUGGUACAGAAUUGGUAACGAAAAGGCAAAAGUUAGACAACAUUGCCAGUGACUUUAAAGCAAAAUCAGAGAAGAUUCUUGAAAUGAAACAGAAUAUUUUGUAUGAAAAUAUAUUCAGAUUUGGAGGCAUUACGGCUUUUCCAUUAAAUCCAUUUUUGUUUGAAGAGAACGAUGAAAUUAUAGGUUUACGUUUUGAUAUUUUCUCUCAUUAUGGAAGUAAAUUUAUUACACCACAUUACGUCAUACUAAGAAAGAUGAAGUAUACCGACAAAAGCCAAGAAACAACUAUGAAGUGGGAGGUUUACAGGCACACUUUACCAGUCUAUAUACCAAUAUCUGAAUAUAGUGAAUGUCUACAAGAAGAUGAAGAAAUAGCCUUUGCAAAGUUCACCAGCAAUAUUAGAGGCCAUUUAAUCCAAGUUCAGUAUAAACACGACAAGUUUGAUUCUCUUCAGAAUAUUAAAUAUGACCAUAUCUCAAAAAGCGGUCCGACUAAAAGUAAAGCUAUUGUAGAGAAACUUGAAAAAGAUCUUCAAUGUCAAAGAGUAAAUAUAAUCUUACUGAACCGCUUUUUGAAUAGCAAAAAAGCUUCCCAAAUUAAUCUUGUUUGUUCCAAUGAUGAAAUAAAGGAAGCAAGUUGUAUUAUUGCUGGGGUUGAUCCAGAUGACAAAACAAUUAUACAAUGUGAAAGUCUAUUAAAAAAUUGUGACUUCAAGGAUUUGAUCAGGACUUUCAAGACAGUUACAGGUCAUUUAAUGAAGAGCGAGAAGCUCUGA